ACUUCUCCUCUGGCUCACAAGCGGGUGCCUUCCCCAGCCGCCGCCGCCGCCGCCUGCGCUCCGCGUGGGGACCCCAAGACGCCUCUCUUUGUGCUCCUCCAACCCAGAGAAACUUCUCCCGGCUCCGAGGCGUCCAGCAUGUUCCAGUGGUGAGUGGAGCUCUUUUUCCAACGAGACCUCUUUGAUUUGCACCUUUUCCAGCUGUGCGUUGCUCCAACUCCGAGGGUCCUUUUUUUGCUCUCCAAGACGCGCGUUUGAAGAAUCGCCUCUUUCCUUCCCAUCUUUCGCUGGCUAAGGGGAGCAUCCCAAUCCAAGGCUUCUUCCUUCUUCUUUUUUCAGCGUGAGUUUUUCUCAUCCUCCCUCCUUCCGUUGCCUUUCCUGCUAAAACACCAUCCUAGGGGUUGGUGAUUAAAAGCGUGGAGCAGAGUGGUUUUCUUCAACUCCAGCUCUUGCUUUCAGAGUAACCCACCCCACUACAGUGGUACCUCGGGUUAAGUACUUAAUUCGUUCCGGAGGUCCGUACUUAACCUGAAACGUCUUAACCUGAAGCACCACUUUAGCUAAUGGAGCCUCCUGCUGCUGCUGUGCCGCCGGAGCACGAUUUCUGUUCUUAUCCUGAAGCAAAGUUCUUAACCCGAGGUACUAUUUCUGGGUUAGCGGAGUCUGUAACCUGAAGCGUAUGUAACCUGAAGCGUCUGUAACCCGAGGUAUUCAUCUGUAUUCAUCUUUUCUGUGCUUUGCUUCACUCGCCCCCAUCCCAUUUAAUUUUAUUUUUUUAUGCUCAGGCUUCAGUGUUCUUGUAAAAAACAAAAGGCGACAAGUUAAGUGGGCCUGGGGGUGGCUGGAUGAAGAUGUUGAAACCCUGCAGGGUGCAAAGUGCACAUUCCAUACUAGGGGAUUUGUUAAAGAGGAGAUCCGAAUCAGAACUGGCGAUAUCUUAAGGCUGCCCUGGUGGCGAGACCCGGCUCGGAAUGCUGUGUGCGUUUCUGGUUCUUGGACCUCGAAAAGGCUAUUGUGGAGUUGGAAAAAUGUUCAGAAAAGGGCGACACCCCCUCCGGAAAGGUUGCAGCGUUUGGGAAUUCUUAGUGCAGAGAAAAAGCGAAUUAAAGGGUUGGGGGGAACAAUGGGAAAGAUGUCUGAGAUGGUGUCUAGAAAAUGGACAGUGAAACGUUUUUCUCCGGCUUUCAUGAUCCUAAGGCACAGGGUCACCCAGGGAGCUGAAGGAUAGGAGAUUCAGGACAGAAACAAAGGAAGUUUUCCAGUGGCUUUCUGGCCACAGUGUAGAUGUUCUGCCUCCCCUGUCAGGCAGUGCGCCUCUGAAUGCCGGUUCACGGGAGGGGAGAGAUUUCUUGCGCCCGGAUACCACUUGCAGGUUCCCUGUGCUGUCUGUCUGCUUGGCCACUGGGAGCACAGGCUACUGGACUCGAUGGGCCAGUUGCAUUGCUCCGGCAAAGUUCAUAUUUUCUUUUACUGGCUGACAGUAUAUCAAUGGGUAGGAUUUUUAAUGCAUUUAGGAAGUUAGGAAAUGCAGAUCUGAGAGUCAUAUGCAUUGCAUAUGAGUUGCAUUGCUCCAGCAAAGUUCUUCAUAUUUUCUCUUAUUAGCUGACAAUAUCUCUAGCUGACAGUACAGUGGUACCUUGGGUUGAGUACUUAAUUCGUUCUGGAGGUCCGUUCUUAACCUGAAACUGUUCUUAACCUGAAGCACCACUUUAGCUAAUGGGGCCUCCCGCUGCUGCCGCGCGAUUUCUGUUCUCAUCCUGAAGCAAAGUUCUUAACCCGAGGUACUAUUUCUGGGGUAGCGGAGUCUGUAACCUGAAGCCUAUGUAACCCGAGGUACCUCUCUACAUCAGUGGGUAGGACUUUUAAUGCAUUUAGGGAGUUAGGAAAUGCAGAUCUGAGAGUCAUAUGCAUUGCAUAUGAGUUGCAUUGCUCCGGCAAAGUUCUUCAUAUUUUCUCUUAUUAGCUGACAGUAUAUCAAUGGGUAGGACUUUUAAUGCAUUUAGGAAGUUAGGAAAUGCAGCUGAGAGAGAGAGAGAGAGAGAGAGAGAGAGAGACGUUGGUGGCCAAAGAUGCUUGCUAACUGUAGUUUCCUGUAACGGAUUCAUCUCAGAAACAACCCUAUCUUUCCAUCCCAGCCUUGCAUUUUCUCGGUUUGAGGUUUUCAUCCUGAAAUCAAAAGAUUAAUGAGACCUACGAUUUAUGGUGUGAUCCUGUGUCUGAUGAUUACGCAGCAGUCUUCCUAUAUUUAGUGGGGGUUACUCCCGAGUAAUUGGAUCACAGGUGUGUGUGGGGGGGCUUGUGGUCAAGCCUCUUUUCACCCAAAGGGCUCUGUGGAUGACUUGGUCCUGGGGGGUCACACACUUUCAACCCAACCUACCUCGCAGAGUCGUCAUAAGGCUAGCCCAUCCCUUGAGCAACUUGCGAAUCAAAAUAUGAUGCUGAUUGUUUGCAGGGGUGGUUGGAGUGAAGGACAAGUGGCCAAACUCUUAUUUAUACCUUCAUUAUUAUUAUUUUUUUAAAGAGAGACUAGGAUACUAGUCCACUGGUGUGUUGCACAUCCUGCAACAGCGUGGAUCCAGUUUAACAACUGAGCUGCCACUGAUUUUCUGCUCAGCGAUCCAGAGUAUGAAACUCUUGCUUCGAAACAUGAGCAAUUGCUCGCUGGAUCAAAUCAAGGUCCAUUUAGGGGGUCUGCUAGAACACUGGCCAGUGGUGUGUUCAUGAACUACAACAGACCUUCUGUUCAUCGUGGCUAAAGAUAAGAAGAGACCACUGGCACCAACCUUUUUGCAAGCUCCCUUGCACAGGAUAAGUUUGGUCCAUCAAGCUCAGUAUUGUACAUUAGCAAUAUCAAAAGCAACACAAUGGCCAGAAAAUUACAAUAUUUUGAAUUAUUUCAUAAAGUUUUUCACAUUGCAAUUGUUUCUGGCCAUUGUGUUGCUUUUGAUAUUGCUGACUCGUAUUUUGCAACACGGGGGUUUGUUUGUUUACUCAGUAUUGUACGUUGACUGCUAACUCUCCAGGGUUUAUAGAUAGGGGGCAUCCCAAGUCCUACCAGGAAAUGCCAGGGACUCACCAUCUUGUGUUACUUGUUAGGGAAAGAUGGAAGCUGCCUUAGAUGUCAGGCUGCUGGUGUAUCUUGGCUCCUGGGUCUUUUUUAGCUCUAGGUGAAUUUGCAGCAAAAUCUGCAUCUUCCUCCUGUAACAAAGGGGCGAGUGGAUUUGGGACAAGUUUGCACAACCUCCAGAAAUCGGAAGGAUUGAGAACGGAGCGGAGGAGAAUCUCCUUCUCUGCACCGUCUCUGUAUGGUGCUCUGGAGAAGUUGGUGGCUGUUUUUGUGAGGGGUUCGGUCACCUGCCGCACAGUCAGGUUCCAUCAUCAUCAUUAUUUUUUAUUGAAUUUUACAAGAAAAGAAAAGGAAAAAGAAACAAAAAACAAUACAUAGCACUGUAAACACAUUUAUAUACAUGUUUUCCAAAAUGCAAACUAAUAAAGAAAAUACUUUUUAUAACCAAUAAUAUUACCAAAUUCAUGCUUCAAGCAUUACAAUAUAUAAAUCUUAGUUAAAAUAUUAUAAAAGACUUUCAGCACACGUCUCUUAGUUAUCUUGCUCGCCUUUCCAUCUGUUCUUCAAUCAUUUCCCUUCCUUAGAUUCUUUCAUAAUCAGCCAAAUAGUUAUGUUCUCUAUAUUCUUCACAAGGUUAGUCUAGGCACAACCAAACUUCCAUAUUUGAGCCCUGCUUGUAUAAAUAUUCGUUUAAGCAUUCCCAUUGUUUCUGAAUUAUAAUUUUUGAUUUAUACCUUAUUGAAUAAGUCAGUUUUGCUAACUCCAGGUACUCACAUAGUUUACUUAGCCAUUCCCCUUUUGUUGGGAAAUAAUUUCCUUUCCAAUGACUUGCUACCAACGUUCUCGCUGCUGUUGCAUCAUUAAAUAGCUGGCUGGGAGGGUCUUGUGCAACAAACCUGCUUCCCCGGAAGAUCAGACUUUUUGCGAUAAGGAAAGUGAAGAUGUGAAAAGGAUAAGGGAAAGGGCAGUGCGGAGGGAACACUUGCUUUUGGAACACUUGCUUUUGACACAUCAUCCCUCUAACCUCCCCGCAAACAUAUAAGAAUUGUUGUUGUUGUGUCGUUUAGUCGUGUCCGCCUCUUCGUGACCCCCUGGACCAGAGCACGCCAGGCACUCCUGUCUUCCACUGCCUCCUGCAGUUUGGUCAAACUCAUGCUGGUAGCUUCGAGAACACUGUCCAACCAUCUCGUCCUCGGUCGUCCCCUUCUCCUUGUGCCCUCCAUCUUUCCCAACAUCAGGGUCUUUUCCAGGGAGUCUUCUCUUCUCAUGAGGUGGCCAAAUUCUUGGAGCUUCAAGAUCUGUCCUUCCAGUGAGCACUCAGGGCUGAUUUCCUUUAGAAUGGAUAGGUUAUAUAGAUAUAAGAAUUAAGGUAAAGGUAAAGGGAACCCCAACUGUUUAGUCCAGUCGCGGACGACUCUGGGGUUGCGGCACUCAUCUCGCUUUAUUGGCUGAGGGAGCCGGUGUACAGCUUCCAGGUCAUGUGGCCAGCAUGACUAAGCCACUUCUGGCGAACCAGAGCAGCGCACGGAAACACCGUUUACCUUCCCGCCGGACGUGCUUUCGAACUGCUAGGUUGGCAGGAACACAGACCGAGCAACGGGAGCUCACCCCGUCGCGGGGAUUCGAACCGCCGACCUUCUGAUCGGCAAGUCCUAGGCUCUGUGGUUUAACCCACAGCGCCACCCGCUCAUCAAAUAGAACACACAUUCCAAUCUCCCUGCAACAAAUGAAGAUGGGUGCUCAAUAACUAGGUUGUCUGGAUGUGUCUUUUGACACCUCCUAUUUAAUUAUUUUACUGCAUUUUUAUCCCACCUUUUCCUCCAAGGGGUUCAGGGUGGUGUAGAUGGUUCCCUCCUCAUUUAAUCCCCACAAUAACCCUGUGAGGAAGGUUAGGCUGAGAGGCAGCGACUGGCCCAAGGCGAGACCUUCAUGGCCAAGUGGGGAUUUGAGCCUUCAUGUCCCAGGUCUUAGUCUGAUGCUCUAACCACUACACCACACUGUCCCUCCUAAAUAUCUCCUUUAAAGAUCUGCUGUCACUUAAUUCCGACCGCUGCUGGUUCCAUGGAUGAGAAUCCACAGCCUGUUUUAUAGCUGAAAGCUUCUGAGCGGGUGACUUACGUUUUUUCUGUUUUCUUUUGUUCUUUUUGCAUAGAGCAACAGGAAAUGGCAAAUCUGCCACAGGGGAGAUUUUGUGCAUUGGGAUCUAAACUGCUGGCUGAAAGCAGCGGUUGGAUGGCCAUCUGCCAUAGAUGCUUUAGCCGAGAUUCCUUCAUUGCAGGGGGUUGGACUAGAUAACCCCUGGGGUACCCCCAACUCUACAAUUCUAUGGUUCUAUGAAGGGCUUCUCCUUUUUUUAUCUUAAUUUUUAUUAAGUUUUCCAUAUUCCAUUACAUUUUCAUUACACAAAUCCUUGACUUAAAGCAUUGCUCACACAAAGCAAUCCUUCCCUCCCUCUUUCUGACUUCCAAACUCUUUUACCAAUUCUUCGCAUUUCCAUAGCCACUUUUUUACCUUAUAUCUUCUUUUGACAUUCACCUCCUUAUAUGCAAAUCAGCUCCUUAUUUUCACAUUACCAAACAUUUCAACUCAGACCUACAAACGUUUUCAAACGUUUACAGUUUUCUUUCAUAUAAGAUAUAAAUUUGCUCCAGUCCUUUUGAAACAGUUCGUCACUCUGAUUCCGGAUCUUCCCCGUCAGCUUUGCCAACUCCACAUAUUCAACCAUCUUUAUCUGCCAAUCUUCCAAUGUAGGAAGUUCCUGCUGCUUCCAUUUCUGGGCCAGAAGUAUUCUUGCAGCCGUUGUGGCAUACAUGAACAAAUUUAUGUCUUUUUAAAAAAUUUCCUCACCAAUUAACCCCAACAGAAAAGCAUCUGGAUUUUUAUUAAAAUUAUACUUAAAUACCUUUUUCAAUUCAUUAUAUAUAAUAUCCCAGAAGGCUUUCACCUUAGUACAAGUCCACCACAUAUGGAGGAAAUUCCCCUUAUGAAGGGCUUUUCCUUAUCUUCCCCUUGCACAAGAUUUAGCCUUUUUAGGUUUCAUUUCAUCGUUCCAGGCUGAAGUUUCGUUUAUUUCUUUCCAAGCAUCAGCCGUAACGCAUUAGGCCUGAGGGUCUCUAUUUCACUUUUGAUGGAAAGAAAGUGUUAAUUUCACAACUGGGGAGAAAGCCACACACCUGCGGCUGGGUCAGGGCAGGAACUGUAUGAGUAAGCUCUAGCUAUUUAGCUGCCUGUUCCUCUUGUGUAAUUUCCAGGAUUGGCAGCGUUCAGAAGAGUAAUCUAGUAACGUGCUGGAAAGGUGGAUUUCCCCACCGAAAUAAAAAUAAAAAUAAUUUAUCUUUUGUGUCGUCAGAGCCAGUGUGGUGUUGUGGUUAGAGCAGUGGACUAAGAUCUGGGAGACCAGAGUUCAAAUGGCCACUCAGCCUGUGGGGAUAGCUCAGUUGGGUCAUGGGUUCGAAUCCCACAUUGGGAUUUCAUGGGGUUGGACUAGAUGACCCUUGUUCCAACUGUGAUUCCAUGAAUCUGGGGUCACAUGGGGUGCCCUUGGGCUGCCUCUCUCAGCCUAACCUACCUCACAGGAUUGUUGUGGGGAUUAAAUGAGGAGGGGGAGAACCUGGGAAAUAAAGGAGAGAUAUAGACGCAGUAAAUAAAAGUAGAUAAAUAUACAUAACUGACCUCCGUUCAAAAUUCUCCAGCUGAUCAGCUGUAGCAAUAAGUACAAAUAAUGGCAGGUUGAAUUUCAUAGGGUCACUUAAAUGACGUGUUGAAAACAAGACUAACUUGUCUUUGAAAAAAGGUUGGUUAUCUUAGCAUACCAGUAAAAAAUGACCGCGGACGGGGUUUGCAUUAAGACUGGACAAGGAGCCACAUGCCACAGAUUUAAUUGAUAACCAAAUCAGAGUCCAGGUUUUAGAACUAUCAAGAGCAGGGGUUGGGGGCGAUUCCUGCACUGGUUUAAAAUAAAUUGGCAUUCUUCCCUUGUUUCCAAAUGCCAGGCUUUAGAUUGUGUGACGUGGAGGGUGCCUCUGACCAUGCACAAAAUGUUUUUUUUUUCAUCUCUGCAGAGUAUGCUUCCACAUCCAGAUGUUGGGCUUCAGGUCAGGGUACACAGUUUUGCGGCAUGCUCAAAUGCUGGCAGCCGCUCCCCCCUUUUUUAUUAAAAAUCUGUUACUGCAGGACAUGAGUCACAGUUGGGAAAAGAGCUCUUAGGUGCUGCUGGAGAGAGUGGCAGGGGCACAAAGAGUGUUCUCUGUUCUGCCGCAAACUGACUGGGUGCUGGUGAUCUACCGUAUUUUUCGCUCUAUAAGACGCACCAGACCACAAGACGCACCUAGUUUUUGGAGGAGGAAAACAAGAAAAAAAUAUUCUGAAUCUCAGAAGCCAGAACAGCAAGAGGGAUCGCUGCGCAGUGAAAGCAGCAAUCCCUCUUGCUGUUCUGGCUUCUGGGAUAGCUGCGCAGCCUGCAUUUGCUCCAUAAGACGUCACCUUACUUUUUAGGAGGGAAAAAGUGAGUCUUUUUUUUUUUUUUAAAUGAUAUUUAUUGAAAAUUUUUUAGAAUUACAAAAGAAAACAAGGUAGAAAAAGAGAAAGAAAAAACAAAGAAAAAACAAACCACAUCAAACAAUACAAAUUAAUCAAAAGACAAAAAUAUACCACAAACAUUUAAAAACAAAUCCAUUAUUCUCAAAUCCUUAACUGUCAUUACCUUCUUUCUUUGACCUCCUCCUCCUCCCUUUUUUUGUAUCCUAGUUGUUAAUUGUCGCAGCAAAUCCUUUCCAUAUUUCAUAAUAUUCUGUCAUUACAUUACCUUAAUCUAUUUUAAUCUUAUCUUACUAUAGAAAACCUUAAAACCUAAAACUUAAAUCUUAUUUUUACCAACUUCUCAUAACCAUAAUAUUCUUACAUGAUUCUUUAAACAUUUUUGCUAAAGCCAAAUAAUUUCGUUCCAACAUUUUUCUAACAUUCAUCAGUUUUAUAAAACAAUCCUAAUAAUAAAAAAGAAAUAAAAAAACAAUCCAAUCUUCAUCCAGCGUCUCUUCCUCCUGGUCCCGGGUUUUGUCAGUCCUUUUUAUCUCAUCAAUCUAGCGCAUUAACCUGGUAAUCUUAUAUCCGAGGCCCUUAAGUCCCUUCCAUGUCCCUUCCGCGGCUCUUCUUCAUAUUUAUAACUGUAUUUUCCUUUGUCUCCUGCUCCUUUCACUCGUGGGAACUCCAGCUUAGCAAUGUUUUUGACCCUUCUCGACAAAUCAGCCCCUUUUCCAUAGUCCACACUAAACUCCAUAUGGUAUUUAAGAACAUGUUUCAAAGUCUCUCCAAAAUUAAGAGCCCCCACAACCCCAAACAUCUCACGGCCCAUUGCCAGACUUGAAAAGUCCAAACAUCCCUGCAUAGGGGGGUCUAUCCAACCCCCAUUUCCAAACCAAACCAAACUUUAUCUUUCCAAAUCUGGCUUUUUCCAAGUUCAUUUGUCAAAUCCAAAAGCUCAUGUUCCUGCUGGGCCACAGCUCCCUCCAUCUCUGGCGCCCAAGAUUCAGCAACAUCCUCUUCCCUCAUCUGUUCUGUCAGGGCACACUCCUGAUUUAAUUCCUGAGUGGGCUCCAUAUAAUUUCCCACUGCCUGUUCAAAAUUUUUGAUUGCAUCAGUCAUCAAGUCCGUCUUCUCAUGUAGCUGUUCCAGUAGGGCACUUGUUUUACAGAGAGCACACAGCAGAGCUUCUGAAUACAUUGUCCUGCAAGGUCAGAAGUCUAUUCCCACGAUCGUAAUCUGUAACAGCUGCAAGCUCCCGAUUCAGAAUUAGUUACAGUUUCACAGGCUCCUCUAGGGUAAAAACUUCUAUUUGUUCUUUUCUUUUAAAUACAAAUCUAACAACAAAGUUUUUUUUUCCAGAUAUUUUGUCAAUAUUUGUUCCUUUAAAAUGCGAAGGGGAACAAUGGAAUCACUAUGUUUCUCUUCUUUUAGCUAUCUGUCAAAAACGUUUGUCUCUGGUCAAUGAGCUUCAAAAAACGUCAGUCCUGACACCCCGCUCCAGGAUCAAGACGGUGGAAAGUUACUUUACUUUACACUCACUUCUGCAGGUUUAAACAGUUCAGAAAAAAUCCCCCCUCUUCUCCUGCUUCCGAAGGGGGUUCAACAAUCUUAAAUGAUGAAAGUUAGUCCUUUACAAGCGAUUUUCUGAGCUCUAGUUUGCCAUGUCUUUGCUUUAAUCUAUCUACAAAGAAACGGAAGGCUGACUUCCUGUUUAGACCUUCCCGUUUCAGUGCCAAAUUGAAAUAAACUUUUAAGUCCAAUUUUCCUUUCUGCACGCAAGUCCUUAUUUAGAGUCCAAUUGUCCGAAAUUUAAGUACUCACGGGUGAUUGUUUUAGAAGCCAAAUUGUCCCAGGAAAAAGGCAGCGCUCUCCGGCAACGGCUGUGCGGCUUCGCUCCACGGAAGAAGCAGUUGACUCUCAGCACCGCGCCACUUCCCCUCUUCGCUCCGGAGCCCGUUAGUGGGUUCCUUUGUGGGUUGGGGGGGCGCUAAAGGUGCCCGCCGAGUCCCAUGGUCACAGGCUUCACCCGCCUGUGAUUUUUGAAAGGGUCCCCGCUUCGCCGUAGCGGGAAAGACCCGUUUCCCGUGGAGCUGGUCCCUCCAGAUCAGAGGGAAUCCGCCAUUACCGAUGGCGCCACCCUGGAAGUCUGGAAAAAGUGAGUCUUAUAGAGCAAAAAAUACGGUAUUCUCUUGCCCUCAGCUUGUCUUCCGAAACAUGGGGAUUACAGCAUUGGCCUACCUUACAAGGAUGUUGUAAAGCGUAUUUAUUUAUUUCAUGCCAUUUAAAUACUGCUCGAUUGUAAGAAUAAGAAAGAACCUCGAAGCUCUUUAUUGGGAUAAUGGAACGUGCCACAUUUUUAAAUCCCUGGAAAUGUACUACACAAAGGUUUUCUAGAACAAGUUGCCAACUUAAAUUAGACAAGAGCUGAGCACCUUGGUAUUUGGGACAGUCGCUUUUGUUUAAGAAGGCGAUCCCAGAAGGAUGGCCUAGGGCGCUUCCAGACUGUCGCUAUUCCCAUAUCGGCAAAUCCAGGCUGCACAAUUGUGGGUGACAGAGAGGUCUUGCACAAGGAACCCGCUUCCCCGACAAGAUAAUACGUUUUGCGAUAAGGAAAGUGGUCGGGGAAAUUGCCAGUGUGGGAAGAAUCAGAGUGACACUUGGCCUGACGCGACGCCCAUCUAAUCUCCCCAGAAGCAACUACCAGAAUAAUUCACUGGAAAGUGUAAUAUAACAUUUGCUUAACGCAACACUGUCUUAUCUUCCCUUGAAGCAGACCAGGAUGAAUGCCAAGCAAACAAGUCACCUGGUUACAGCCACAGACAUUUUAAGAAAUAUUGUACAACUGUAGAUACGGCUUUAUUGCUUUUCAUUUUCUGAGUGCAUCACCUUUUGCAGUUUAUCUUAUUUUUAUUGUUUUGCACAUCUUAUUGUUUGCACAUUAUAAAUCUUCAGAGUGGGGGUGGGGGAGAAAAAAUGGAUAGUACCUCCCUUAUGCUUUAGGGCAGAUUUUCCUGGGCUUGUAGUUUUCCUUUCCCAUUCCUUCUCAUUUUGCCAGGCUGCAGCCUAGGGUAACGCAGGGCGAUGGCCUGAUCCAGCCACAGUGAAGCCCCAAGUCUUGCUGAAAACCAACUGUGCUUGACUUUGGCUGCAUCACAGACCGUGUGUCUGCAACCUCUGUAAUUUUCUUCAGUGGAUGAAACAUAGUGGUAUGUUGUUGUUUUUUUCCAAAAAAAUAUUUUUUUAAAAAAAAUGUUGGCACAAAGCUUGCUAGUCUAAAGUUGUGCCUUCCAUAUUCAUCUUGUAUUUGACGUGCUGCAGUGUACAAGAGUCCUUCUGUUUUAAACUCUUGCAUCUAGCUCACAAAGUCUUCUCCCAAGCAGGGAUUGCUCACUCAAUGAGAAAAAGUUCAGAUUGUGUGAAGAGCCCUCCUGCUGAAUCAAGGGCCCCUUCAGACCAGUAGGGUGGGUUUUCCUUUUUUUACAGGCACAUUCUGCAUUGCGUCAUUGAUGCAAUGGUUGUGCAUUGUUGUUGUUUAGUUGUUUAGUCGUGUCCGCCUCUUCGUGACCCCAUGGACCAGAGCACGCCAGGCACUUCUGUCUUCUACUGCCUCCCGCAGUUUGGUCAAACUCAUGCUGGUAGCUUCGAGAACACUGUCCCACCAUCUCGUCCUCUGUCGUCCCCUUCUCCUUGUGCCCUCCAUCUUUCCCAACAUCAGGGUCUUUUCCAGGGAGUCUUCUCUUCUCAGGAGGUGGCCAAAGUAUUGGAGCCUCAGCUUCAGGAUCUGUCCUUCCAGUGAGCACUCAGGGCUGAUUUCCUUCAGAAUGGAGAGGUUGGAUCUUCUUGCAGUCCAUGUGACUCUCCAGAUUCUCCUCCAGCACCAGAAUUCAAAAGCAUCCAUUCUUCGGCGAUCAGCGGCAUUAGUGGUGGAUUUAUGCUGGACCGUCCACAAGUCAAUCUGCUUUAUCAGUUGUUCUGUGAUGCUGCUGCAAUGCUGUUGCACGAUUGCCGUCUGGAGGGAAGCUCUCACACGAUAGAGCAACAGAAGCAGGACAAAAAGUAAGAAUAAUCCCAGAACGUUUGCUGUAAGAAAAGUUACAGGAUUUCAGCAGGAAGUUGCCAUAUGUUUGCCCUGAAACUUCUGCAAGAGCAAAAUUUUUUUUUGAAAACAAGGUCAUGUGUGGCAUAAAUGCACAUCUGGAGGGCUCCUAGACUGGCCAGAGGCCUCCCAAAAUGCCACAAGCACGACCUAGAAUCAAACUCACCCCAUCUUCCAUUUUUUAAAAAAUGUUUUAUUUAUUAAAUUUAUACGCUGCCCUUCAUUGAAAGAUCUCAGGGUGGUUAACAGAAUAAAAUACUAUGUGACAACCCUUCAGAUACUUGAUGAUGGCUCUCAUAUCUCGUCUUAGUUUCCUCUUCUCCAGGCUAAACAUAUCCAGCUCCUUUAACCAUUCCUCAUAUGGCUUGGUUUCUAGACCCUUGUUAAUCUUGGUCUCACUUUUCUGCACAGGUUCCAGCUUGUCAACACUCUUAACUAAAUUACGGUGCCCUGAACUAGACACGGUAUUCCAGACGUGGUCUGACCAAGGCAGAAUAGAAUUGGACUAUGACUUCCCUUGAUCUGGACACUUGACUUCUGUUGAAGCAGCCUAGAUUAGUAUUAGCUUUUUUUGCUGCUGCAUCACACUGUGGACUCAAGUUUGUGAUCUGCUAAGACCCCCUAGAAGAUAAAUGACUUAUGCUCAGAUGACUGCUGCUGCUAUCCCUGACCUCUUCUUGUUUCUUCCUGAGUAGCUAGCCAUGACAGCUAAAUGGAACCUCCAUAUUCAGACAAGGUGUAUUUCCAGAUACCGAUUCCUGCAGGACAAAUCAACGGGGAGGGUCAUCGCUUUCCUGCUUUGCUUGUGGGGUUUUUGGGAGCACCUAGUUGGCCACUGUUGGAAACAGGAUGCUAGAGUAGGUGCUCUCAGGCUCACAUUCUAAAAAGUACAGCACAAAACGAAAAGAGGUUGGGAGGGAGGAGGAAAAAAGCAAACUCAGACAUUAGUUCUUGGAUCCGAAGUUCUUAGAAAUGACCAGCUGGAAUUGGAACAGAGCAAGGAGAGGAAAAAUCAGAAGGUGCUGAUUUCUCAGCUGAGCUGAUGGAGUGCUUCUCUUCUUUCUCUCUGCUGUGUGCAGUUUUAUCUUUCUCAUUCCAGCUGCCUCUUUUCUGAUUGUUGAAUUCUCAAUUUGCAGAGGCUCUUGAAAAGUGGAGCCUUGCUGGUUCAGAACAAGGGUCCGGGCUAGCCUCAAGAGUCUGCUACUCACAGUAGCCCAGUGCAGACCAGCAGAAGACCUGCCACAUAGCAAUGGAGAACUCACACACAGGCUGAAAAAGAUCCAUUUUGAGUUUGCAAAUGUUACCUUUAGGGGUAUGGGGAAAGUUGCGAGAUAAAAUAUCAAGCAUGCCCCAAAAUAAAGGGGUUGUGAUGGCCCAGCAUAAUUUUGAUUUCCCCCCUCCCUUUUUCUGCGAUUCAAAUAUUGAUAAGGAAAAGGACAGCAGUCGGGGAGCCACUACAGAAAAGGCCACCCUCCAAAUUUCUCUGGGAUGGGGGACAUAAGAGAAGAGUCUCAGAUGGCAAGCGCAGGGUCGGUUUAUAUGGGGAGAGGUGGUCCUAAAGAUAUUGAGGUCCUGAGCCAUAUAAGCCUUUUUUUCCACAUGUUUAGAGAUAUCUCUAAAAUACUGAAAAAACCUAGCUGCAGUCCUAAACUUGGUCUAUAUUGCUCCAAGUUUGAGUAAGAGCCAAACUUGAUCUUUGCAUUUAGGUAUUUUCAGUGCUUUUGUUCUAAAAAAAUUUAAAUGUUAUGGGGUACUCUCAUUUUCCUACUCAUAUUGAAAUACUGCCCCUCAACGAGGCCAAACUUUGAUUCACAAAAUGUUUAGGGGUAGCGUCCCCCCCCCCAAAAAAAGCACUGGGUAUUUGAAACCUGCACCUGCAGGUAUUUGAGAAAUGCAAAUUGCACCAGCUGUGUGGGGAAUCCCUGAAUCAGAGCAGGUGAGAAGUUUAACCCUUUUCUCUCCUGCUGAAGUCCUGGGGAAUUAUCUCUUCCCUGAAGCUGCCAGUGGAGGAAUUCCACCCCCCCCAGCAAAUACUCUAUUUCAGGAGAGCACCUAGCAGAGGAGAAAAGGGUUAUAUGUCCCUUGACUCUCCAUCUACAGAUCUGUGAGGCGGCUGGCCUUGUGAAGGUUUACAAAGUCUGAUUAGGCCAUCAGCUCUUGUUUCAGCCCCACAUCAUAUCGAGGAGGAGAACAAUAGGGACGCACCUUUAUUUAUUUCCUGCCCUGCCUUCCAAAGGAGCCCUGGGUGGAAAAGGCUUCAGUAAUCAAAAAAUAAAAUUGUUUAAAUACAAUUAAGCUCCAUAAAAUGUCUGAAGCAUGUGGUUGUUUGCCAAGAUUAGUAGCAGAAUGCACGUCAAGUACUGAAUUACGUAUUAAAUUUGUUUGCUAAGACUAGACCUUCCCCCCCAUAACACAUGCUGUAGAAGUUUCACUGAGCGCAGUGGCCCAGGUGAGAUGCAAUGGUUUCUUGGCCUGAUACACUCUUCUUCUUCUUCCUCCUUCCUUUUUUUCACCAGGUCUAUCAAACCAUAGUUUACUUCAUAUGGAGGCCACACUAAACUCUGGUUCCCUCAAACUGUGGAAGGAAGGAAUCUGAAGAGGUUUGCACACAAGCCUAAAGCCCAUUCACAAUGCCCAACAGUUUUGUUACAGCACAGGUGGGGAAUCUGUGGCUCUCCAGAUGUUGCAGGAUUGUACCCCGCCUCACUCCUGACUAUUAUUGGCCAUGUUCAAUGGGGCUGUUGAGAGUCAGAGUCUAGUAACACCGAAACGGUCAUAGAUUCCCCAUCCUUGAAGUAUUUUGCAUUAUCUGAAUUGAUUUAGUGAUCCUCUUAAAAGGCGACUCUUGGAAUUUGCAGAGGUGGCAAAACUGAUGGCCCUGAUAAAAGAUAGAAUCUUUUAAAGAAGCCUGGAAAUUGAAGUGUCAGAAAAUAGCAGAGCAUAUUAAGAAACAUGUUAGAGAGGAUGCAGUUAGAUAAGAUGGAACCUUAAAAUGCAAUUGUAUGUAAUUUGGGUUAUAAACACCAGUGUUGGGUGAGCAGAAAGCCACUAGUUUUGUUGAAUUGGAAUAGAGUUGUUGAGUAACAAAUGUAACUUUCUGUCUGGAAAAAAGAAUAAAGCAUUAUUAUAAAAAAGGUGACUCUUGGGAACGUGCAACUAUUCUUGUAGUUCCCAGGCCCAACGGAUGGAAACUGCCCUUCUGAAUUGCACCAGCCACAGGGCAGGAGUGAUUUCAGUUCUUGAUAAGAUCUGACACUCGGCUGAUGCCCUCUGGGAUCAGCUUUUGAAACCUAGAGGAGAAAUGCUUCGCCUUUGCUCUACCUGGAAAUUUGAAUCGAGCCAAACUGGUCUGUCCCGUCCCAACCAGGAGAGCCAGAUAAAAUGAUCCCCGUUCUUCUACUGCAAACAUUUGCACAUUCAAUGUGUUUCUGAGUGUGAACAGCUUUGCCUAAAGGAUCCUGGGAAAUGUGGCUUUCAGAGAGGCUGACGGCUGCUAUCCCACACUAACAAUAAAAGAAGAAUAUCAGAGCAGCUUGCUGGAUCCGGCCAGCAUCCCAUACGUCUUACCCAGGGGUCAGCAAACUUUCUCAGCAGGGGGCCAGUCCAGCGGGGGGAUACAAAAAAUGGGGGCUUCAGGAGGGUCUGAGGAGUGUUGGAGGGUAUCCUAUUAUGGUGGGAACUGACGGGUCACCCAAACACCAGCUAUGGCUUAUGUAACCUCAACAGUGUUUUUUACUCUGGUAGGGAUGGGCCAGCUGUGAUUUCCAGAGUGUACAGGUCCAAAGAACACCCUGAAUUCUUUGAAGUUCAGCAUGAGCUAUCUGGAAAGGGUUGUACACCAGCUACAGCAGGAGUCACCCCCACUGCUGACCGAGUUCCCAGCUGCGAUCCCUCCAUCACAGGGAGUUGGACUAGAUGACACUUCGGGUCCCUUCUAAUGCUAGAAUUAUAUGAUUCUAUGAGAGAAAGAGAUUGAGAAGGCAUAAAAACAGGGGCCAGCAACCUUUUUCAGCUGUGAACCAGUCCACAUUCUCUCAGAACUUGUGGGGGGCCAGACUAUAUUUUUUUUUGGGGGGGGGGAAUGAACAAAUUCCUGUGCCCCACAAAUAACCCACAGGUGCAUUUUAAAUAAAAGGACACAUUCUACUCAUGUAAAAACACACUGAUUCCUGGACCAUCCGCGGGUCAGAUUGAGAAGGUGAUUGGGCCGCAUCCAGCCACGGGCCUUAGGUUGACUACCCAUGGUCUCACCUUUCAAAUGAUGGACUGAUUGUGAUUUAUCCUCAGUUAAACAUUUGACUAAUUCAGAUGACAACCUUGAGCAUGCUUAAUAACUUUGAGAACUAAAAGAAGAAAAGUCCCUUGAUCCAGGGACAGCCCAUGUAUAUAUUGGAUUAUUCCUACCUCUUUUUCUUAAGGUACCAUUCAUAAUGUAACAAUAUUCUUCACAGCUGUGAGCAGGGCAGUGCGGUGGGGGACGUUGAGACAAGCGACAACAAUUAACGUUGUUCACUGCUCUUGACAAGGUUGCCAGAAAAAGCUUUUCGGUUCCUGAAAUUGGUUCCGAUCAUGCUGAUAAAAUAUAAUGGAUAGAAUUCUACGGGAUGUGGUAUUAGUGUGCAAAAACAGUCCAGAUUCAAUGAUCCCCGGAUGGCGGAGAUGUCAGGUGCUAUCCUGACACCCGGCAUCUUCACUUGGUUGCAAGUGGCUGGACGCCAGGGGCAAAUACAACUGGUGCCUGGCUAAUUCCAAACGGGACGCGGGUGGUGCUGUGGGUGAAACCACAGAGCCUAGGACCUGCCGAUCAGAAGGUCGGCGGUUCAAAUCCCUGCGACGGGGUGAGCUCCCGUUGCUCGGUCCCUGCUCCUGCCAACCUAGUAUCGAAAACAUGAAGUGCAAGUAGAUAAAUAGGUACUGCUCCGGCGGGAAGGUAAACGGCGUUUCCGUGCACUGCUCUGGUUCGCCAGAAGCUGUUUAGUCAUGCUGGCCACAUGACCCGGAAGCUGUACGCCGGCUCCCUCAGCCCAUAAAGUGAGAUGAGCGCCGCAACCCCAGAGUCAGCCACGACUGGACCUAAUGGUCAGGGGUCCCUUUACCUUUACCUUUAAUUCCAAACACUGCUGGGAUACCAUUGCUCCAAGAAACUAGGGACUCCUCCCCGCUUCCCUGUCGCCCUGUGCUUUCUCCCCCCCUUUUUUUCCUAUUUGAACAAUUUAUUAGUUUGCCUGUUUUUACAAGUUUAGAAAAAGAAUCCCAGGAUUUUCCCCCUGUGUGUUCUCGCUUAGCUUCCUCAUGGUCCAUGAUGCCAGCUGAAGUUGUCAGCACAAUGUACCCAAACUGGUGUGAAGGUAGCAGGUUGUUCUGCCACUUGGACGUCAAAUCUGGGGCUGAUCACACCACACUUGUUGAGUCUGCCUGUGAGAUUAACAACAAUCUUCCCAGCUCUGUGAUCAUCAAUGAUCUCAAAUUCACCUAUGUCACCAUGCUUCAUCAUCACGGUUAAGAACCGGAUGAUAACUUUGGAGCAUGGUCUGAUGAGAACUUGACAUUUCCCAUGCUUCUCAGCAUUGUUGAUGCUUUUAAGAGCAUCUGCCAGAAUGUUCACACGCACCAUGAUGCCAGUGCAGCAAUAUGGCGGGAAAAGGCUUUCUAAGGCACAGAUCCACGCUGUCCCGGCUUGGGCUGGGCGCUCCCCCUAACCCCUGCCCCUUUCCCCAGGAAAACCUGCUCUUUAACACUGAAUUGGAACAAACAGCAAUUCGGGUUUUCUGCAGAUUGCCCUGUUUGGCGGGAAAGAGCUGUUUUUCGCAUGGAAAGCGCCAGGCAGAACCGAAAUAAGAAGAAAAGUGCUCUAACCCAGACCUGGAUAGCCUGCCCGCUGUCUAGAAAUUCAGAGCGAAGCAUGAGCCCCAGAUUCUAGUCUUCCCUUUCUUUGUGUGUGUUCUGCUAGCAAUUGCAGGCGUUCCUGUUUAAACCAGCUUCUGACUCUGUUGCUGCUUAGGGUGGUGUUAUGGGCGCCGCCCUUCCUGGCGUUGUCGUUUUCUUGCUGGUGUUUUUAGUUUGGUAGUUUUGUGUCCUCUUGGUUGUGUUUUUGUGUUGUCAUUGACAUCUGCAAGUUGCUUUGAGCAACACAUUGUGGAGAAAGGAUAUUGUGCAGGAGAGGAGCCGGGAUGUCUGGCAGUGAAUGAAGAAUCAUAAUACAGUGGAACCUCGGGUUAAGAACUUAAUUCAUUCCAGAGGUCCGUUCUUAACCUGAAACUGUUCUUAAGCUGAAGCACCACUUUAGCUAAUGGGGCCUCCUGCUGCCGCUGUGCCAUCGGAGCACGAUUUCUGUUCUUAUCCUGAAGCAAAGUUCUUAACCCAAGGUACUAUUUCUGGGUUAGCGGAGUCUGUAACCUGAAGCGUAUGUAACCCGAGGUACCACUGUACCGUUAUACGGAGCUAUGGUAUGACCACAUUUGAAAGACCGUUGCGCAGUUCUGGUCACCACACCCAAAAAAGGAUAUUGCAGAGUCGGAUAAGGUUCAGAAAAGGGCCACCAAAAUUAUCGAGGGGAUGGAGUGACCCUCUGCGUGAGGAAAUAUUUGCAGGGCUUGGGACUCUUUAAGUUCAGAGAAAAUGCAAGUGGUGACAUGACAGAAGAAGGAUAUGAAAUAAUCCAUAGCUUGGAGAAAUUGGAAAGAGAAAACAUUUUCUCCCUUUAUUACAACACUCGAAUUGCUGGAACUGCUAGCAUCCUGUUCUCACGGUAGCCACUCAGAUGACUGUGAGAAAUCAGCAACCAGGAUUCGAACACAAGAGCAGGAUUCGAACUCCCCUCUGCAAUACCGAAGCAUUGCUGCCUCCCGACUGUGGAGGCAGAGCAAUAGCCAUCCUGGGUAGUAGCCACUGAUAGCCCUCUCCUCCUCCAUGAAUUUGUCUAAUCCUCUUUUCAAGCAGCCCAAGUUGGUGAUCAUCCCUGCCUCAUGUGGCAGGGAGUUCCACAGUUUAAACUGUGUACUGCAAGAAGAACUCUCUUUUACAAGAAAGGAGGUUCUGACUAAACAUCAGGAAGAACUUUCUGACAGCAAGAGCUGUUCGACAGGGGAACUGACUUCCUCAGAAGGUGGUAGACUCUUUUUUCAUGCUUUAGUUGCGAUUCCUGCAUUGCGGGGGUUGGACUAGAUGACCCUCCGGGUCCCAACUCUACAAUUCUAGGAUUGGAUGUCCAUGAGAGAGGCAGAAAAGCUUACACACACCGUACUUUUCCGUGUAUAAGAUGUCCCCAUGUAUAAGACGCCCCCUAUUUUGGGGGACUAAAUUUAAAGAAAAUGAAAGGAGAUGGCCCAAAGUUGUUGGGCUUUUUUUAAAGGGGGAAUUGCACGCACGCCAUCACCCCAGCAGGGCCGUUGCUGGGGGUUGGCAAAGUGGGCAGCCGCUCCCCCCCCCCACUGUAGACAGGAAGCUCCCUAGACUGUGGGUCACCAACCAGCUGGCUGGUGGCGCACAGCUCCCUCCCCCCAUGCCACUAUCCGUGUAUAGGACGACCCCAGUUUUUUGACAUGAUUUUUGAGUAAAAAAACCCCUUGUCUAAUACACGGAAAAAUGUGUGUGUGUGUGUGUGUGUGUGUGUGUGUGUGUGUGUAUGUACAUGUAUAUAUUAUAAUACAGUGGUACCUUGGGUUAAGUACUUAAUUCCUUCUGGAGGUCUGUUCUUAACCUGAAACUGUUCUUAACCUGAAGCACCACUUUAGCUAAUGGGGCCUCCUGCCGCCGCACCGCUGGAGCACGAUUUCUGUUCUCAUCCUGAAGCAAAGUUCUUAACCCGAGGUACUAUUUCUGGGUUAGUGGAGUCUGUAACCUGAAGCGUAUGUAACCCGAGGUACCACUGUACAGUGGUACCUUUAGUUGCGAAUGGGAUCCGUUCCCGAGCCCCGUUCGCAACAUGAGCAGAACUCAACCCGCAUCUGCGCAUGCGCGUGACCUCAUUUUUUAGCGUCUGCGCGAGCGGCGAAACCUGGAUGUAACCCUUUCCAGUACUUCUGGGUCGCCGCGGGACGCAACCUGAAAAGACGUAAGCUGAACCGAACGUAACAAGAGGUAUGGAUGUAUAUUAAAGAUUUCUUGGUUUACAAAAGUGUGCGCAAUGUCUCUUUUUUUCAAGAUACAUUUUCUACAGAUCAGUUCCGUUUGUUGAGACGUUAGUGUUACAUUAGGAAGAAAAGGGGGAAAGAGGUGGAGGGGGAAUGGGGGGUGGGGUGGGGUUGGGGGGCAAUGCUUCUAUUUUCUAUCAGAUUGACUCUUGUAAUAAAAAAUUUAAGGUCUUAUAUAUAAAAUAAAUGUUCAUAAAUGUGCCAACCAAGAUGUGUGGACCACAUGUCUGGAGCAGCACAGGAGGACCGCCCUGAAACCAUUUUGACUCCCAAACUGACCAAAUGUUUUCUCUGCAAGGAGGGAGGGGGUGAGGGAACCUCCCCAUUGUCUCAGGAAUUGGGAAAUCACCAUCUCAAAGGAAUGGGCAGACUGCCAGGAAAGACAAUCAGAUAAGGCAUGAUCAGAUAACUUGGCAGACAGGAAAAACAACAACGUUCAAAUUUCUGUUGUAGACCGCCUUUUCUGUGAUGUAGGUAUGAUGUUUGUGGGCGGUGGUCUUGGGUUACACCCCUUCUGUGAUGUAUGUAUGAUGUAUGGAGGGGUGGUCUGGAGCUCCAGGGAAUUUAAAAUGUCUAUAUAAGGGUGGACACACCUUGGUUCUGGGUCCUCCUCCUUUCCUGCGUGUGAGGGGAGCACGCUGUUGCAACAGAUCAAUAAAGAUCAGGCUUACUAGCUGCUUAGCUUCUCAAUAUUCUCUGGUUGGCCUCUGUUAUUUUUGCCUACCGAUAGGGAACCCACUUAAGGACUCUAUAUGGGCUCUUGGAUACCCCAUAAGGGAAGAAGGGCAGAUUUUGUUGACAACACUCUGCAGCAGCCAGCCUUCUCCUCCUUGGUUUAACCUUGGCAGGCGAUGCUUUGAUUGAGAUAGUGGGUAGACGAGAGAGGAGCAGGGGAGAGUAUGGCAGUUGCAGAGGGAAAACCUCCAGUUCCUGUCUGGCCGAAGUGAUGGGAGGCGUGUGCCUCUCUGAACAUUGCGCACUUAUUCGAUGCAACAAGCAUCAAAGAGCCCUAAUGAUGAACUCCGUGUUUCUCCCCUUCCCCCCCCCCCGGCCCUUCCCCGCUUCGGUCUUGCUUUGAGGGCGAAGAAUGUCCUCUGUAGACCCCGAGGCUGGCAAACAGACCUCCUUCUAUUCAGGGAAGGCCCCAUUCCGCAAACAGAAACUUGACUGCUGCCUUCCCCCCCCCCUCCCUUUGCCGGUAGCAAACUGAUGGAGAGAGCCCAGGUGACUGGAAUGUGAGGGAUUUGGAAACACAGGGAGGGGGGUGUGUGUGUAAGCCUGCGGAAAUUGGACACUGCCCUGGGUAGAAGUUCAGUUUUUUGCUAAUGGAAUAAAUUUUGGCUGCUGACGUCUCUGGUGGGAUGUCUCAGGUCGGUGGAAAGUACUGAAAACUUGCAACGAUUCCCCAGCACUUUGGGACCGUUUUAUUCCAUCGGCAAAAUCGCACUUAGGUUGUCGGUCCUUUCCUGUUAUUUUCUCCUGCUUGGUUUUCAUAGCUAAACUUAAAUUUCUUCAAACCUGCGUGGCAAUGACUGAUCAAACCUAUCUGUGGCUCCUCUUGGCUUUUCACUCUGUAAGCCUUUUUGGCUAAAGCAAGGGUUUGGUGCUGCGGGUUAAACCACAGAGCCUUGAACUUGCCGAUCAGAAGGUCGGCAGUUUGAAUCCCCGUGACGGGGUGAGCUCCCGUUGUUCGGUCCCUGCUCCUGCCAACCUAGCAGUUCAAAAGGACGCCAAAGUGCAAGUAGAUAAAUAGGUACCGCUCCGGCGGGAAGGUAAACGGCGUUUCCGUGCGCUGCUCUGGUUCGCCAGAAGCAGCUUAGUCAUGCUGGCCACAUGACCCGGAAGCUGUACACCGGCUCCCUCGGCCGGUAAAGCGAGAUGAGCGCCGCAACCCCAGAGUCGGCCACGACUGGACCUAAUGGUCCUUUACCUUUACCUAGGGUUUUGCCAGACAUUACCAGGAUUUCAAAGGCAGAAUCGACGUCCGGGGGAUUUCUGAAAUGUGUUGCUUUGUCAUGGAUCUCAAUCGAAAAUUCAUGUUUUUGUAAAAAGAAGCUCAAUAACUUUGGGGGUUGUCUAAGAAAAGCGCAACAAUUUUGGGGUCUUCCUAAAAAACUUUGCAACAUUUGGGAUUUUUUUCCUCUCGUUUUGAGCUGUGUUUCCCAAACUUGGGUCUUCAGUUGUUUUUGGACUACAACUCCCAUCAUCCCUAGCUAGCAGGACCAGUGGUCAGGGAUGAUGGGAAGUGUAGUGCAGAAAAAAUAAAAUCUGGAGACUCAAGUUUGGGACACACUGGUUUAGAGAAAAGGUAAGUGAGAAAUGACAUGACAGAAGUUUAUGAGAAAAGCUUUCCUUCGUCUCUCAUAACGCCUAGAACUCAGGCACAGCCCCUGAAGGUGAAUGUUGGAAGAUUCAGAACAGAUAAAAUAAAAGUCCUGUACUUGGGGCAGCAGGUUAGUUUAGGAGGUCCAGGAUGAGCAAGGUGGCAAACAGAACUCUUCUAGUUGAAGGGAUUGGCUUGGGAGAAACAGGCAGGAGUGGGUGGGUGGGUGCUGUGUCUGCUCUCAGCACCUGCUGCCUGAAGCAAACUCCUCACUUUGCCCAACAGUAGGGCCGGCACAUCCCUUCCUACUUAAUGUAGCCCGCACAUGUCUGCCCAGAACACCUGGAGAAGGAUAUCAAUGUACAUCAGUGUGAGCAGGGCUUGUAAAUAAUUAGACCGAUACGACGUCACCAUUUUCUUAUUUCAAGGAUUUGUAUAGCCUGCUUCCCAGCCGUAAGCAACUUCACGAAGAGAUUUAGGGUAAGAUUGAAUCAAAGCACUCAUCAGGAGGUCACAGAAUAAAGAUCAGCAGUACAGAGUUGCAGAAACUCUUAUAAGAGCAGAUAAAACCAUAGUUAUAAGUUAAGGAACAAAUAGGAUAAUUUUGAUGCAACACUAAACAAGCAAUAGUUUUUGGAAACCUGUCUGGGCUAUCUAAUCUCCAUUAAUAUAUUUUCUGAGUAAAAUUUUUAACUUGCUCCCCCCCCCCAUUUUUGAAAGCUGUCAUUCAAAUGGAUGUACCUGUGAGAUUGUUAAAAAGAACAGAACAAAUCAGAACAAAUCUGACACCAACGCUAUGUAGAGAAUAGCCAAAGUUUGCCAUCUACAUGUAUUCAGCAGUCAGUUACAGUAUUUUAAUAUUUUUUGGGAAGCCACCCAGAGUGGCUAGGGAAGCCCAGCCAGAUGGGCGGGGUAUAAAUAAUAAUUAAUUUAUUAUUAUUAUUAUUAUUAUUAUUAUUAUUAUUAUUAUUUAAUCAUAUCCUUUCUCCAAGAAGAUGACUAGAGUGUGUUAGUAUGGUUAGUGCCAAGUGCCUUCUGGUGGUUCCCUCCCUGCGAGAAGUGAGGUUACAGGGAGCCAGGCAGAGGGCCUUCUUGGUGGUGGCACCCACCCUGUGGAACGCCCUCCCAUCAGAUGUCAAGGAAAUUAACAACUAUCUGACUUUUAGAAGACAUCUAAAGGCAGCCCUGUUUGGGGAAGUUUUUAAUGUUUGGUGUUUUUAAUAUUCUGUUGGGGGCCACCCAGAGUGACUGGGGAAACCCAGCCAGAUGGGCGGGGUAUAAAUAAUAAAUUAUUAUUAUUAUUGUGUUGCCCCCAGCUUUGACCCCUUGCUUUGUUUUUACCAUAGGAAGAAAACCCUCUACAGAAGCGUCUUCCUCUCCUUCCUGCUGGUGGUGACGGUGACGGUUUUGCAGCGGGGCAUGGCACCCAGCCAGUUGCUCCAGGGCCAGCCGCAAAAAGAACUUGCGGCCCAGGAGUCCGUGAAAGCUCAGAAGCGGGACGGCGUGCUCCCCGUCGCCAGCGACUUCUGGAAGAAGCAGGGCCCGGCUCUCAAGGCCGCGGAAGCGACGGAGAAGGCGGUGCGGUCUUGGGACGUCACCUCCGUCAACUGCUCUGCCAACCAGAACUUCAGCAAGGAGGACUGGUUCAAAGGUCUGGAGCCCAACUUCCGGCAGUUCAUGCUGUACCGCCACUGCCGGUAUUUCCCCAUGCUGAUCAACCACGCGGAGAAGUGCCGCGGAGACAUCCACCUGCUGAUCGUGGUGAAGUCCAUCAUCACCCAGCACGACCGGCGAGAGGCCAUCCGCCAGACGUGGGGCCAGGAGAGAGAGAUGGAGGGCAGGAAGGUGCGAACCCUCUUCCUCCUGGGCGUGGCCUCCAAAGAAGAGGAGCGGGCCAAUUACCAGAAGCUCCUCGACUAUGAGGACCGCAUCUACGGGGACAUCUUGCAGUGGGACUUCCUGGACAGCUUCUUCAACCUCACCCUCAAGGAAGUCCACUUCCUCAAGUGGUUCAACAUCUACUGCGACCACGUGAGGUACAUCUUCAAGGGCGACGACGACGUCUACGUCAGUCCCAGCAACAUCCUGGAGUUCUUGCAGGACCAGAAGGCGGACAACCUGUUCGUGGGGGAUGUCCUCUUCAAGGCCCGGCCCAUUCGCAAGAAGGAGAACAAGUACUACAUCCCCAACGCCUUGUACAACAAGAACACCUACCCGCCUUAUGCAGGCGGUGGUGGUUUUGUCAUGGAUGGCCCCCUGGCGAAGAAGCUCCACAGAGUCUCAGAGAGCCUGGAGCUCUACCCCAUCGAUGACGUCUUCUUGGGCAUGUGCUUGGAGGUCCUCAAGGUGACGCCUGUGGCCCACGCCGGCUUCAAGACAUUUGGCAUCGUGAAAAACAAGAACAGCAAGAUGAACAAGGAGCCUUGCUUCUACCAGAGCAUGCUGGUGGUCCAUAAACUCCUCCCCUCAGAGCUGCUGGCCAUGUGGGAUCUGGUCCACAGUAACUUGACGUGCUCCAGAAAGCUCCAGAUCCUUUAGCUCUCCCUGUUAUCUCUGUCUGAGGGGGAAACGCUUAAGGGGAAGACAUUGGUUGCCCAGAGCCGUGAGCCAACACCCAGCACUGUCUUUUCCAAUAGUGUUGAAGGAGGAACCAUAUAUUUUUGGGAAGGGGGUGUUUGAAGGGGGACGAAGCUCUGAAAUGUUGAUAUUGGGGGGUAUUUUAUUCCCCCUUUGGUGGUUUUUUUUUUAGGAUGCUGUGAAAGAGAGUUUGACAAAGAUGGGCUGCUCAGCCCUGGAUGUUCUUCUACCAGCUUUCUUGCGGAGAUACCGGAAGGUUCUCUGUGGUGACCAGACCAAAGUAGGGCAGAGAUGCCCCUUUUGUUGCUGUUUGUUUUGUGACAUACUUUUCAGCUGAGGGCUGGUCCCGAAGCUAAGACACAACUCUGUGUGUACGUUUGUGUAUGUGCGAAAGAGCAGACCGUUCAAAAGAGAGCGGAACGAGUUUUUGAACCAACACUUGAAAUAUGAACUCUUCCUCUCCCUUCCUUGCUGUUUGUCGCGGGGAAUUUCAGAGAAAGAACGGUUUGGAAAUUGCUCUGCUUGGGGUGGGAGGUGAUGUUGCUAACAGGCCAGUGUGCCUCUCCUUCGGGCAUGGCUGGCUGCAGAAGUGCCUGUGCGUCUUUCUCACAGAAAUUCCUUUACGAGGGAAAGACGACCCUCAGCCAGCCCUCUCUGAGCUGUGUAACACUCGAUUUCCAUCUUUGCCAACCUGGUGCCCUGAUGUGUUGGCACUAUAACUCCCAGCAGCACUGGCUGCGGCUGACAGAAAUUGUAGUCCAAAACAUCUAUCGAAACGACACCAUCUAUAAACCGAGGCCAGUUUUGUUUUAAAGGGGGAAAAAAGUGUCACCAUGAGGGGAGAGGGAUUUUUGUGUGUGUAUUUUCUCUCUGUGUGGUAACUUAAAACAAGAAACGCAUCCAAAAUUGAAAGGAAGAAAACCCAUCCAACAAUUGUCUUCCAGUUGGGGGGGGGGAGUGAGUCCCCCCUCCUUGGCUGACUGUAUCACAUGGGGGUAUAUUUAACUUUUAAAAGAUAAGUUAUGCAUUUCUUACCUAGAGUUUUCCCUGUAAAGCAGGGAUCUGUCAGUGUGUUCCAGCUGCAUUUUUAUCCUUGCGACCUGUUUGGGCAACAGCCGAUCCCAGGACCUUGAGCCGGCUCUAUUAUUGGGCAGAACGUACAUCGGGCACCAUGUGCCUCUUUCAUAGACGUUACGAGGUGAGAAACUGUUUCCUCCCAACACCCUGGUGUGAAACCAGGCAAGUUUUGCACAUACAGGUACGUUUGUACGCUGUUCCAGCCCCUGGCCACCCACCCACCCUUUAGUCCAAUCCCAUAUUUUAAAUCCAUACUUAAAAAAGAACAGGCAGGAUCCAAAGUAAUAAAAUAAGAUUGAUCCAACGAUAGGCAGGGGACAAACACUUCUGACAAAUUAUAAGGAACUCCAAAAUUCAACAAAGGAAGAUUAUUUAGAUAAGGGAAAAGCCAUGAGAUGUUUUUGAUUGCCUACCAAUUGUAACUUAUCCGUUGUCAUUUCUCGCCCAGUAUUGACUCAGCCCUAAUCAGCCAACUUCUUGCUGUUGAAACUACAAUCUCCAAUUAAACGCUACCUCGAAUUUUGCUGUAAUUGACUCUCACCUACUUCACUCCCCUUGAUGUCGGGCAGGGGAGGCCCAUCCUGUUUUGCCACCUGAGGCGAAAUGGAAAUUGGCAGCUCCUGCCCUGCUCCCUUUUGCAUCCCACCACUUCUGUUGCCACCGCCGCACCCUGGUUCUUGCCAAAAUCAGUGGGAGCCCCGGUGCUCUUCAAAGUGUCGCCGCUUGGCUUCUCCCCUGGGGACAGAAAAGACGAGUGGCAAUGCCAUGUGCCAGAACAGCUCCCUUGCUGGCAGAGCGCCCGUCGCCUCUUGCACUUGUACUGCCUGAGGCAGGUGCUUCCUCCUGGCUCUGAUGUUGGGGGACCACUUCAUCUUGCUUCGUCCCCUACAAGUGGUAAAUUGGGCAAAAGAUGCCUCCUCUCUCAUCCUGUCCCAUCUCACCCCAGCUGUACCAGAUGUUUUGUUCCUGCUGUGGCAGAGUUGGCUGUCUUCGUUUUAAGCACGUCCUUAUCCAAUAAGUAAAUAAUAUACAAGCCGGUCCUUAAGACAUCAUCCAAUUUCACUUGAUUUUAAUCAAAAGUGCCCCUCCAAUGUUGCUGAAAUUCAGGAAUCUUCGUUUUAUUUGGAAGGAGUGCGAAGAGAUCCUUUGGGCGCGAUUUGCUGCGUUGCAAAGGGGGCUUGGAUGAGUAGGGAGAGGCAAUUCUGACCCACAUCCCUUCCUAUUGAUGGGAGAAGAGUUGGAAAGUUUUAGGAUGUGGCCGGUUGCUUGAACUGGUGGAAGGCAGAAUGUUUCAGAGAGGGGUUCAAACAUGUGCCAACCAGCCCACAGCGUGAUUAGGGACUUAAUAUUGAGCGGUGCCACAGCCAGGACAUUGCUUUGCUCAUUGGCUGUCCUCCCUAGCCACCUGCAUGAUGUUUCCCUCUUUCCUUCAUGUAGUAGUUGCACAGACAAGUUGUUCACGCUCCCCAACGACAGAGCCGGCUCCAGGAAAUACCUUCUUGUGCUGUGGGUCGUUCCAACGGCAAAGACUCCGGUCAGACUUUUGAGUGACGUUUAUUACUGUGAAACUUUUAAUUUAUGAUGAUUAUUUUUUCCCCAAGGGGGAGGGGAGGAGGGACACCUGCCCCUCCUCCAAGAAGCAACUGAUUUUUUUAUUCCUGCUCAGUUUCACUUCCAGUGGGAACGGCUGGCACGGUAUCUCAUCCCGGGCUGCGCCUGACGACCAUCGCCUGCGGUGGAAAUCCUUCUGCAAUCUCUAUUUAUGAGAAGACACACGUGCUAUAAUUUAUAUGUGUCUGCAGUGUCUCUGAAUGUCUAUUAUUUAUAGCAGGUUCCGUUGCACACUCAGAAACAGUGUGGAUGCUUGCAGGUCUCUCUUUCUCUGUGUGUUGCUUCGACAUAGUGGAGUUGUACAUAUGAUUGCCAUAAGAUUUAUGGAUAUUUUUGGGGUUUCUAAAUAAAGGUUUGUGCUAAAAAGAAGAAAGGAGAUUGGUUGCAAAUGUGAGAGCACCGGCGUGGAAAUGCAAAGCAAGCAUGAUCCCGCUGGGUGUUUGGAAAGGGGGGUUGUUUAUUCAUACCCAAAAGUUCCCUGCAGGUUUUACUCUGCAAUUCUGUGCUCAUGUAACAAGAAAACCCAUUGGAUCUCAUAAGAUGCAUGUAGCAGGAUAAGGCAAUAAAACCAUGCGCAGC